AUGCGCCAGAAAUACUCAUACAAGCAUUCCACCAACUCUCUCGUUGGCCUCGUUUUCGCCACAAUGGAAGGUGUCGCCGAGCAAUCCAAGAGCGCCUUGAAGAAGGCUGAGAAGCAGGCCAAGAUGGCGGCUGACAAGGCUGCAAAGGCUGCUAAGAACGCCGCCAAGCAGACCAGCGUUCCUGUCGUCGGUGGCAAGAAGGCUGACGAUAUCAUCGGCAUUACUGUUAAGAAGGCCGAGAACUUCCCCCAAUGGUACCAGGAGGUUGUCCUCAAGUCGGAAAUGGUCGAGUACUACCAGGAAAUCUCUGGCUUUUUUGUUCUCCGUCCCAUUUCCAUGUAUAUCUGGAGUGUCAUCCGCAAGUAUUUCCAGGAGCGCAUUGAGGAUCUUGGCGUUGAGGAGGCCAGCUUCCCCAUGUUCCUCUCCGCCAAGUCUCUCGAGAAGGAGAAAGAUCACGUUGAGGGCUUUGCUCCUGAGCUGGCCUGGGUCACCAAGGCUGGUGACAAGGAUCUCGAGGUCCCCGUCGCUGUCCGUCCUACCUCCGAAGCCGUGAUGUAUCCCUACUACGCCAAAUGGAUUCGAAGCCACCGCGAUCUUCCCCUACGACUAAACCAAUGGAACUCUGUUGUGCGAUGGGAGGCUAAGCAGACCACUCCUUUCCUACGCGCCCGCGAAUUCCUGUGGCAAGAGGGUCACACGGCCCACUUGACGGAACAGCUUGCAGGUGUCGAGGUUCUGCAGAUCCUCGACUGGUAUGCUGGCAUCUACGAGGAACUGCUUGCCGUUCCCGUUGUUAAGGGCCGCAAGACCGAGAACGAAAAGUUUGCUGGUGGAUACUACACCACUACUGUUGAAGGCUAUAUCCCCUCCAAUGGUCGCGGUAUCCAGGGUGGAACCUCUCACUGCUUGGGACAGAACUUUAGCAAGAUGUUCGAUAUCACCGUCGAAGAUCCCGCCAACAAGGGCUCCCACAUUCACGUCUGGCAGAACUCUUGGGGUCUGUCUACCCGUGUCAUUGGCGUCAUGGUCAUGGUCCACGGUGACGACAAGGGUCUCGUGCUUCCUCCCCGUGUUGCCAAGCUGCAAACGAUUCUAAUCCCCGUUGGCAUCAACAAGAGCACAACCCCUGAGGCUCGCAAGCAGCACGAGGAGCAGCUCCUCGACAUUCAACACACUCUCAAGAAGGCUGGUGUCCGUGUGGACAUUGACUUCCGUGAUGGCUAUACUCCUGCAUGGAAAUUCAACGACUGGGAGCUGAAGGGUGUUCCUCUGCGUAUCGAGUUCGGCCCCAAGGAUGCUGCCAACAAGGUUGUCUCUUUUGCUCGUCGUGAUACAGGCGAGAAGGGCACCGUUGCCCUGGAUGAGCUCACCACAAAGAUCCCCGAGCUUCUCGAGACCAUCCAGAAGGACAUGUAUUCAAAAGCUGAGAAGUCCUUCCGCGAGCAUCGUCUCAAGAUCACCAAAUGGGACGAGGUUCUCCCUGCGCUUGACAGCAAGAACGUUGUUCUCAUCCCCUUCUGUGGCGAUGGCAAGUGCGAGGACCGCAUCAAGGAGCUCACCACUCGCGUGGAUGAGCAGCCUGAUGUUCCUGAGGGCCAGAAGGCACCCACGAUGGGCAUGAAGUCGCUCUGCAUUCCCUUUGAGCAGCCCGAGGGCAUCGUUGCUGGCGAGACCGAGUGCUUGAACCCCGAAUGCAAGAACAAGGCCGACAAGUGGACCAUGUUUGGCCGCAGCUACUAG